AUGACGAGCGCGGACGACAACGAGCGGCGGCAUUGUUGCCCACACUGCCAGAAGCGGUUCAACCGCCCGAGCAGUCUCGCUAUCCAUGUCAACACUCACACCGGCGCAAAGCCGUUCACCUGCGCGUUCCCGGGGUGCAACCGCAAGUUCAACGUGAAUUCGAACAUGCGUCGCCACUACCGCAACCAC